GUCUUUAACUCUCCUGUACUCUCUUUUGGUUUACCCAUCAGAAAUUGUCGAGUGACAGUUUUUAACUUGGAAGCUUUCCAGCCUUCAAUCAGCUGAACCUAGUCAUUCAAUCACUUUCAACGGAGAGAGGCUUUCUCUCGUUGCUCCCUGCUAACGUUUGAGAGCAACUUCGAACCUUGGGAGAGAACUUGGGUUUGAACACUAGUUAACAUCGCAACAGUUUACUUGGUUACAUCACUAAUUCGUGUUGAUGUUGUGAAGCGCUUAAAAAUGUUUUACAAAUAUUCAAAUAUGUUAAGACUAUCACUUGUUACACAUUUAAAUAAAAUAAAAUAUUUCCAAUUAAUUAAAACUGAAAAUAUAAUACAUUUGAGGCAUAUUAAUUAUCUACAUUAUCUAUUAAUGAUCUACAUUCAAAAAAAUUAACAAAUGUUUCAAUGUCCCCUAAAACAUAGUUCCCGAAGACUUAAAAAAAUAAUAUUUGUUGUUCUUGGUUGAAAAGCAUUAUUUUUCUGAGUGUUGCAGCAAUGUUCGAUUCAAUUGAGCGUUAUGAGCUUCCAAGAUGGUUACUCUGCGUGGAGUUGGUUCGUUUGGUCGCGUCGGUUGAAGGAGUCGGUUGUUCGUUUUGAAGCGCUUAAGUAACGGUAAUCGCGAGCACAAUCGCCUGUUUUAACAAAUAGUAUUUCAUAGCGCGACGCCUGUGCACCCAUAUGUAUGUGUGGGAGUCAAACAAAUUGCAAAUCGAACAAGUAAAUCCUAGAGAAGGAAUCCUGCAAUAAAAAAGGGGGUGGCGACCAUCCUGCUAUUCUGUGCUCGCUGCCAGUGUAACCACCCCCUCACAGCAACAAAAACAAAAAGGACUCAAGGAUAAAAGCGAAAAUAACAAAAUACGUUCACGUAUGAACCGUUAACUGCGCCAUUCGCAACAACAAAAAUAAAAGCAUAGGAAUAAAAGUGUGCGAGAGGCAGACCCACGAAAUCAACAAUAAAAUCGGUUGAAAAGGAGGUGAAUUUAUAAAUAAAAAAAAAUACAAGUUAGCGAUUGUAAAAGAGAAAACAAAAAAAAAAACAGUAACAAUAAAGUCCAGACGAAGUGAAGAAGUCAAAUCAGCAUAGAAGGACAUUAAAAUAAAGGCACACAAAUAUUAAAUUGGGCUGGAAAGAUAAAAUGAAAAAACACCGAAACAAAUCAAUUUUAAAUGGAUAUUUAUUACAAAUAAUCCAAAUAAUCCAAAAAAAUUAAAAGCCUUCAAAGAGGUUUAAGCAUUUGAUGAACUUUUUGUGGCAAAUGAAAAAGAAAACACCACAAAAAUCUUACAAAUCGUUAGUUAACACAAAACAUAAUUUAAUGGAAGUGAAAUUAAACAAAUAAUAUUAAACUGAAAAAAGAAAAUCAAGAAAACCCAAGUUAAUAAACUUAAUAAACUCAUAAUAACUGCAAACUAGCUUUAUAAAUAUGCUAAAAAAUCGCUUAGGAAUUAUAUGAAACCUUUUCACCACUGGAUUGCAUCAUCCGUCGAGGGCGUGGCUUAGCAUCCAAUGUAAUGUACUUCUGUCAAGCUGGACCUUUCAUCACUCACACGUCAUCAUCAUCCCAGCCAUCUUCUCCAGACCCAAAAACACAAUGUCCACAAGAGCAGCUGGGCUAAAACCUGGACCCAAAGGAGCCAACGGAGUCAGGACAGAAACGACAGAUCACAUCAUAACCAUCAGCACUGCCAGCCUGACGGACUCGUGCAGCGGGGAGCCCGUAAAGGGAGUAGCUUCUCCGGUCAGUAAGCCCCAGUCCCUGGGAAGUGUAGUUCCUCUACCCACCAUCAUUCCCGGUGACCAGAUUGACCCAAGGAAGAAACCCCUUCACUUGUGCCGGCUGUCGCAGCUGGUCAGCUACCAAAAUAACAUCGCUGAUGUCCAACAUAGGAAGGGACGACGCCUCCACGGACUGCAGCUGCCCUUGCAUCCCCUCCAGCUCUUUGGCUGGCUGGUGCUCCUUCUUUUCGGAGUGGCCAGCUUCUGGGUGCUCAUUCCGGCUUUCCAUGCGCGUAUCCAGGGACCACUUUACGGUCUGAUAACGGGUCUCUAUCUGGUUCACAUUGCCUCCCACUUGACGGCGCUGCUGACGGAUCCGGCGGACAAGGAGCUGCGGCGGGUGCAUCGCAACGAUCGGAUCGUCCCGGAAUUCGACCGGACGAAGCAUAGCCACGUGAUCGAAAACGGGAGGUGCCAUUUGUGCAACAUCCGGACCUCGUCGGGCCGCACCAAGCACUGCUCCGUGUGCAACAAGUGCGUGGGAAAGUUCGACCACCACUGCAAGUGGCUGAACCACUGCAUAGGAUCGCGGAACUAUGUGGCCUUCCUGAUGUGCGUUGUAAGUGCGGUGGUGGCCACCCUGGUCAUUGUGGCUGCCGUGGUGGCCCAGAUCGUCUUCUACUACGUCCAGCCGGAGUGGUUGAGUUUCUACUGGUGCCCUUCGGGGUCAAGCCACCAAAUGGAUGGCGGCGACUACAUAAACAUCACUCUAAGCCUGGGCAACGGCACCAUGAUGCUAAUGGAGCAGCAGCCGGUGGAGGAGGAGCGUCAGGAUGCAAUGGAUGAUGAGAUGGCAAACUUGACUAUAUCCACACUACCAACUCUUCUGGAGAACUUCACAGCCCUGAUAGAAUCUAGUACAACUCAGCCUGGGAUUAGCCUAAUGAAUCACACAGUAACUCAGCCUGCAGUGGGAGGAAUCGGUGUCAACGAAACUGUUUUCCUGCUCCUUUUGGGAGUUCUGGGACUGCUCGCUGCCGUGAGUGCGGGUCUGCUGCUUCACCUGUGCUUCUUUCACAUCUACAUCUCAUUUUUGGGACUGACCACCUAUGAGUAUAUCAGGAACCAUCGGCAGGCUCAGGAAGCCAAGGCGAAGCAGCUCCUGGAGGGAGCUCCCAGUGUGGGAGUGGCCAAGAACGGCAGCGUACACUUCUCGGCUUCUUUGCCUGAGCUAUCCAAUCCGUCCAAGCCCAUGCUGACCCCCCAGCUCUACUGCUGCUCCAGUGCCCCACAUCCUGGCCAGCAGUCACAGGAGGCGGUGGGUCAAACAGAGCAGUCCCUGAGAUUGCAUUGUUGUGCCAGCUCUAGGGAGUUCCACCAGAGCAGGCAGGCCAUCUACGUUUGCUCCUUGCUGGAGGAGACAGUUCCACAGAUUCAAGUUAAGCAGGAUACGCUCAGUAGUUUCCAUUGCUGCUCCAGUUUCGCAGCAAGCUCCUUGCAGCGCAGGGUCAGCGUGGCUAAGAAAUCAUUGAUCUCGGCAGAGCCUCGUCCCCAGAGACCAGCGACUUAUCUUCAGUACACCGAACAGUGUACCCUCUGCACUUUUCGACUGAGAAGGGGAUCUGGAUCGAUGGCGGGAUCUUCAGGAGCUGUGAGCAGCGCCGGGGGAAGUAGUAGCACUCGCACCUUGACCAGCCAAACGGGGGGAUCCUCCUCAUCGGCGACGGCAGCUGGAAAUAUCUCGAAGCACCAGCGUUGGCGAAGGAAAUGGAACUGUUGCGCCUCAGUUCCGGAUAGUCCCGAUGUGCCCAACGAUCUCCUAGCUGCCUUAACGUUCCGCGAACGCGAAGAAGCAGCUGCCAAACUGAAUGCCCAGGAGCUGCCCAUCCAGUUUAUACGCACACUGAACGGCGGAUUGGAUCAGGAACUGCCCAUAAAAACAACAACAACCGCUACUCCAACUCCACCACGAAGCUCGCGACUUCGUCACAUGCUGCGAUUGCUAGGACGUUAUCGAAGACCUCGCUGUCGCCAUGGGACCCAUCAUGGAAUCGCGGCCAAAGAGCAUCAGAAUCAUGGUAACUCCGCCAUCAAGCAGAAUCAGAUACGUCCGCUGCAGCUGCAGGCAGCUGGGCGUGGCUACGCCAACUCCACCGCCACGCCCACGCCGCCGGCCAGUUCGCCGAGCAGAAGUUCAUUGGAGAGCAGCGAGCUGAGCACUAGUACAAAUCCUUCCUGCGGCCACAAGGAACUGAUGUUGCUGCCCACAUCCGUGAUAAGAGACGACAGCGUGACCACGUAUACGCUGACCUUGCCGCCCGCCUUGCCACCGCCGACGAGGAGGAAAAUGAACCAGACCACUCAGGAGAUGGCGGAGUUGGCAGAAACCCUGGGAUUUGCCAGCAAUCUGCAGCACAAUCAGCACAUCCAGACGAACAGCCGAACGUUGCCAAGUUUGGGGAAUGUCUACCGCCGGCAAAGGCGGAAGCACUUCUUGCGGACUCGCUCGCCCACUCUGUCGCCCAUCCACGAAUCCGGCCUCUCGAAUCCAACCUCGCCGCAGCCCCUGAGGCACCACGACUCCAAUUCGGCCAAAACAACGUCCUCGCCUCUGCUUACCCGCAAUUCAGGAUCUGCGAACUCUUCGGCGCUUCUGGUCCAGAAUCUGUGCAGUUUGGCAGGGGAAACGCUAAGGAAGACCGCAUCUAAUAGCUCCCUGCAAAGCCUUAGCUCCAAUUCAAGCAGCACAUAGGAAAAAGUGUCAAUUGAUGGUUUCUGUUUAGUCCUUAGGUUAGCCUUAGCUUUAUCCGUACUCGGUCCUUUCGUACGCAGUUUUGUUCCGGCAAUCAAUUAAUCCGCAAAUAAGCAUAGAAAGCCAUAACUGAAAUCAAUUACGCACGCGUAGGAGUGGAAUUGGAGUGGUGAGCUGUCAGGGCCAGUAAGGCAAAUCGGCGUUGAUGCGAUGCGGCUUCUUGCCAAACUUAAAUACCACUUUCGGUCGUUGCUGCUUUGCUUGAAAUUGGUGAUUUAUCAAGAGUCUGGAGCAAGGAAAGAACAAAGCUUGGAAUACUAGUUGACCCAGAAAAUUAAGUUGCUAUAAAGUAUCCAAGUUAUUAGAUUUACUUCUUUAAAUAAUGUUUUGUUACCUCUUUUUUUAGAGAAAAACGUUUUUAAUAUUAAUUUGAAUUUGACAUUAAAUCACAUCACAAAAUAAUGGUAAUGCUAUCAAUGGUCAGUCACUUCAAAGUUCGCUAUCACAAGCUAAGUCUCUUGGAAAAUUGCUUCAUUUCAUUCUUAAUGCUUUUAAAGACGUACAAAUAAGGUAUACAAAUAAGAAAAUCUUAAUGAUCGAUGAUUAUUUUGUUCUAUUAAAAUUGUUCAGCUGAGAACUGAAAUAAUUUUCAAAUGCGCUUUUAUUUAAAAAGAUUUUAUUAGUUUCUGUACUUUAAAUCUCCCCUUUAUAAUUGGAUUAAUCACCUUUCCGUUCAUCCAAGAGUAUUCUCUUGGAUGAAUUCCAUGCAGUUGUUUUAUAUCCCUCUGCUCCAUCCGGAACUUCGCCGUUGUCAUCGUUGCAUUAGCUCCCUCAGCCUUUUUCCGUGCAACUUAACAUGUCUUUGGAAUCCAUUGAAUGACUUUGCAGUUGAAUUGAUUAGAUGUGCAACAGCAUGUGUGGAAGAGUUAAAGUUGGGAGACUUUUCUCCCCAAGCUUACACUUUUUGGCCGCACCCACCCGUUUGCUGGUAUUGAUUUUUAUUUUGGAAAAUGUGUAAGCGAAGGCGUCGUGUGAUUACGUAUUGUAUCUGCAGCUAAAGCUUCGGCUGUAUCUGUAUCUGAAUUCGUGUAGCCGUCUAUCUGGCGUCAUUCCGCAGCCAAAAAGAAGGAAAAAGGGCGAGGACACAGUUGCAGUAUGCUGCCAAGUUGUUACGCAAAUGUUAUUAUUUAAUUUAAAUUCAAAUGCAGGGGUAAGCAUAAACUCAACCCACUUCCGAUGGCAAUUGUCAUGAGUUCUAAACCUGAUUUUGACGGAUGUUUCUGGGCCCAUUUAAUAUUCCGAACCUGAAUAAUUAAUGCGGCACAAGUCAGGACAACAUGACGAGAAAAGCAGAGAAAUGGAAAUGCGUCAAAAGCGGGAUUGGAUUGGGUACAACCUCCAACCGGCCCAACCACCUCAGUUGUCAGACGGACAGUUAUCAAGGAUUGCCCGGAUUAAAAGCACGGAUAGUUAUACUGAUAGACAGCCACAACAGCUACGCAUAUGACCCUCCGGGUUUCAGGUGGUGCUACUAGCUUUUACCAUCCCCUUCAGGCGGCGGUUCUAGUUAUUGAAUCUGACAGCAGGAAAGUCCAUUUUAACCGGCGGGGGAAUAGGAUAGAUGGAUUGGUAGAAAGAGAAUCGCUUUGAGUACAAAAAGUGUCCGCUGAGUGGUAUGAUGUUGAGUAUUACUAGUGUUUCUCUUAAACGCCAUUCCGAAUCAAUUUAUAUCAGCGUCAUUCACUACAUGCAUACUCUUGGCUUUAAUGAGGUUUUUAUGAAGUAGCUAACAGAAAUCGAAGGAAUAUUAGUUGACUAAUCAAGAAAACACCUUUCUACUAUUAUUUCUUGUGAUGUCAUAAUAUUGGCUUAAUAUGACUUUAUUUCGAAAAAAAUCAUCAGGAUUAAAUAAAUUUUAACUUUUUAUUUUAGUAAAAAGAAAAAAAGAAAAAAAUACAUUAAUAAGAAAAAAAUACAUUUGGAGGGAAAGUCUAAAAAUGUGUAUUGCUUUUAUAUGACCUUCUUUCCCUGACACUUUAAAAACCUUUUUGACAACUUUCCAAUUAAUUAACUUAACUUUUCUGUGCAUUUCGCAAGUAUUUCGGUCACUCAGACGCCGGAAUGAAGCCAAAAUAAAUGGCAAGUUAAUUAUAGAGACCCCAUUCUUUGCCACACACGGAAAAUCAACGCGACUUGACUGAAAAUAUUGUUGCCUUACACGUAACCCAAUACACGGCUACGGUUAAAAAGAAGAAAAGGGUGGCUUGGAGUGUCAUUGAGCCCGUAUCUAAAAUAAUAUGACUUCGGUGGACUGACAUGCAUUUUUGCAGUUGCUUCUGUUCGAGUUCAACUCAGUUGCAGUGACAAGAGACAGACGCCUGGUAAAUGACUGAAAAUAACAUAAUGCAAACACUAUAAAUGGAUUUUCAAUGCAGACUUUGCUACAUUGACAGCUGGAGCAACAAUUUUCGUUGCCUUUCGUAUAUCACCUCGUUGUUUUCCGCAAGCCAAACACGCUGCAUACUUUAAAGGGCGCUUCUAUGGCAGAAUCUGUAUCUGUGUGUGCCUUUGUAUCAAUAUGUGGGUGCGGGUGUGUGUGAAUGAAAAUGUUUGAUGUGAUGGCUCUUGGCGUUAACAUUUAGAACUGCACCUGCUGCCUGGAGACACACGAACACUGAAACCUCCAUGCGGCAUUACGUAUCCGACAUGUGCGCCACAUAUAUUAUGCUGUGCGUGUUUUGUUUUAUAACUGAAUCAGCGAACAGCCACUGUGUCUAUUCCAAAAAACACGAACCUAUUCGGCUUAAGGGAAUUUUAAUUUAUUUAUUCUUUCAAAUAUUGAGCAUUAUAUUUAAAUAGGAAACUCCGAAGAGACCAUAUUUUUUGAUCUGUUCUCCGCUUUAUUCGAAAUCCACCCGGUUCUCUGACCAUCCAGGCACACUUCAGAGGCGUCUGUCCAUGUGCAUGCACCUGAGCACCUGUAGACACCUGGAGAAGCUUUAAAAUCAACGAAAGUAGCAUUCGAGUGUGUGCGUAUUUUUUGGUAUAAAAAUAUAUUCGACUUUAAUUGGAUGUUCGUGUCAUGUUCUCUGGCUCCUGGAUUUUGGUCACGCCCCCAAAAAGGGGCUGGGAAAAACUGCCAGGCAACGCCCUCGACUUUUCAGUUUCAUUCCCGCUUGUGGAGUUUGUUUACGAGACAUAAAGCAGAAAUAUUCUGGGUAAAAUUGGGCUCGCCGUUUCUCCCUCUCGCCUGACUUUCCCUAUGGUUACAAAUGCAACUUUAUUUUGUUGUCAUGAGCACUUGUUGUUGUUCUUGCCCUGGUUAUUGCUUUGCAUCAAUUAUAAAACAUUUUUUUGUUGCCGUUUAAAUACUACAUUGACAUGCAAGCCGAAAAUGUUUUUCAUUUUUGGCUGAGAGAUGGUUAAACACUGCGAAAAUUAGCUUUUACUUUAAUAAUAAAAACAGAUUCUAUAUUAGGAGUGCUAGAAUAGUAUAUUUAAUAUUUUUAUA